GCAAGCUCGGCUACACCUGCGGCAUGCACCCGGACAGUGAGGAGUUUUCCUCCGUCGGCGGUUGGGUGGCCACGCGCGCGAGCGGGAUGAAGCAGCAGCGCUACGGAAACAUUGAGCAAAUGUGCUUGGGCGUCAACGUCGUUGCUCCCGCCGCAGUCACCGCGAAGCCCGACGACUCCUCGGCGCCGGAGCAACAGCAAGUCCAGGUACUGGCGCUCAAAAAAUCGGACGAGCAUGGUGGUCCUCGUACCAGCACGAACAUCGGCUUGCGCGAUUUUUUCCUGGGUUCCGAAGGGUGCUUCGGGUGCAUCACCAGCGUGAAAUUAGCUAUCCAUCCACUGCCGGAAGUCGUCCAAUACGAAGCGAUCCUCUUCCCCGACUGGGAACACGGCAUCGCAUUGCUAGAGCGCCUCGCGAGAGCUCCGUCCACUGCAUUUAUGCCCCCAAGUUUUUAUCCUCAUCAACAUAUAUUAAUCAAUUACAGAUUUUCCGACACAUAUUUAUAAUCAAUUCAUGACAUUUAUUCGCCCAGCCUUUUUGGUUACGCUUCAAAUGAUGAAGGUCACCUACAGUAUAGGAUGACCAUCCACAGCUACUCCAAACGAAUUAUCUUAAUUCUGAAGAGUUGUUUUUAUCCAGAUAGGGAGAGUUAAAGUUUUUGAUGUUUCAUCUGAGCAUGCAUGAUACUACGUCCUUGCUCUAAUGUGUACAUUCCCGCGAGCAUUCGCUUGGUGGACAACCAGCAGUUCAGAUUUGGGCAAGCGUGCAAAGCGGAAGUGACCAGUGCUGUGGGCAAAGCGAAGGAUUUCAUGAAGAGGCAAUUGGUGACCAAGGUUCUCGGCUUCGAUCCGGCAGUGAUGUGCGCGGCUACGGUGGUGUUUGAGGGGGGCAAGGAAGAAGUCGCUAUGCAGAAGGCCUACUUGAACGAGCUGCGCAAGCAGUACUUUGGCAUCUGGGGUGGCAGUGAGGCCGGCGCAAACGGCUACCGACUGACCUACGCGAUUGCGUACAUCCGCGACCUUGCGGAUCAGAUGGGCAUUUUGGGCGAGUCGUUCGAAACGAGUGUGCCAUGGUCGCGUGUGCCGUUUGUGAUCAAGAGCGUGAAGGCCUUUCUGCAAAGCGGCGCGCCGCUGUACGAGGGAACCAACUACCCCUGCUACCAGGACAUGGGUUUUUCGCUUGAGGAUACUCCAGAGCAGCUCGUCGAUGCGGCUGCCUACGAAAGGACCAGCCGGAACGGCAAUAAGAAGGUGACGAAACUUGUAGAAAACUCACACUGGAUCAGCUACCGCGUUUCCCAGCUCUACAAGCAAGGCGUCUGCAUCUAUUUCUACAUGGCGUUACCAGUGCCGCCGAAAUACAUCGGACCAACCGCGGAAAUAAACAUUAAGUCUCAAAACACUAUUAGAAUACUUCACCUAUAACUAUACCACCCGUUUUUGUUUUUUUUCGGUCUUAUCCUAACUAGGUUGGCUCCACCACUACUAUUAAGAACAUUAUUUUACCGGAUCAUCAGUCCUUGUCUUCUCUAUCUCAUACUCCUCGUCUGAUUCUUGUCUCUGCUUGACACGGCUCAUUCCUCCUCAUCUCAUGCUCCUCAUGUGAUUGUUGUUUCCGCUUGCGUGUGAGAGUGUCUGUAAAAACUCCGUACUUUUUCAUCUUUCAUCUUUUGAGAACUCUAUUUCUUCUAAGAUACAAGCGAAGGUUGAGUACUAUGAGAUCGUGGAGAGGGGUUGUCGCCGCUGUAUCCUGGAUGCCGGUGGCUCCCUGUCGCACCAUCAUGGAAUUGGCAAGAUCCGUCGAGAUUUCGCAUCGGACGUCUUCACACCACAGGCGGCAGACUUGCUCAAUACCAUACGCGGAACGCUGGAUCCGAACCAAGUCCUGCAAGCUGGAAAUGGCAUCUUCCAAUGAGCAGGUUCGUUGGAGGACGAAUUUAUAAUUAGACUGUAAUUAGUAGACUAGUAAUUAGUAGGCUAAUUAGUAGUACGAUGCUGGUGGUCAUACUCAUACUCAUACUCAUAGAAGUGGUAUAAUUUAAGGAAGGAAUUCAUAGACCACCAUUGCUAGUGCGAUAGUCAUAGUACUUCUAAAUGCCUGUACGAUCAUUGGAUCGGUGGAAUAAGAGGACAAGGAAGUUUCACAAUUUGAUGAUCAUAGGAUCAUUGAAACACGAUUUGCAUUUCUGUUUGAAAAUGCUAUAUGGUAAUAGCAGUUUAUAGGUUAGAAUAAGUACUAGAGUUGGCGGGAACGUUGAUCAAUACAAUGGGAAGCCUCCUGACAGAUCUUCUUAUGCGGCAUUUUGGCCAUCAUUAUGCUUGCAAAUUAUGUUGAGACUGGAAUGUCACAGGCUGGCUCUGGGUGAGGCUGGUGCGCGCCCGGGCGGGGGAGCAAGGAGCAGUUCGCUGAUAAAGGGGAGUGCUUCGCUUUUCAUUUUUCCGUUGUUUGUCCUCCUGAACAAUUAGGGGUUUUUCUACAAUGUUGUACAUAAUAGAUUUAUGUCCACAUGAUUAUGCCAGGCACAUCCACAUAUCUUAAUUCAUUUACUUAAAUGUUCCGCAACAUAUCAUCUAGUUUAGUUGUUUUAAGUGGACACUAACACAUUAGGUGGUUGGUACUACAUGAUUAAUGAUAGAUUAUUAUCACAGGCUAGCGCAGGGAUGACGACAUCCCUGCGCUGCUGUUAAGUUUAUUAAGUCACUCCGGGCUGUCUCGUGUAAGUAUAAGGUCUAGACUUAGAAAACAAGGCCGCCAGGCUCUGACAUACUGGCAAAUUGCAUGACUUUAAGGAAAAAGGGGAAGAAGAGGGAGGAGGGAAAUACUGCAGAGACAGGAAGGGAUAAACUUACCCGCUACUUUCUGGAAGCGGCCAACGAUUGGCAGCAAGAACGUGGGUCCGAACUGAAGGGAGUUAUACUUACAGAAGUGCGCUGCUUUGGCGACAAGCGUCGCGCGUGAAAGUAUCGCCAAAGGGCUGCACGCGUCAGAGCAGGGAGCCUUCACACGAAUCAACUGAAAAGAACCCAGGCGACACGACCUGACUGCACGCGACGCGCGUGAGAGAUAUGCGCCGCGUCUUCAGUCAGUCACACAGUAGCCACGCAAUAGCCGAAACCCCAGAAUUAUACUGCUGAAAAAGUUGAAAACUGCUACACAGCAGAAGAAAGGCCACUACGUUCAGAACCGGGCGGGUCUGGUGCUGCUGCAGACAGUUGCUGCGUGCGGCAUUUUUGAAGGGGUUGCAAACUCUUGCGCGCAAGAUAAUUCGCACCAGAUUGAGACAGCGCACCCGCUCGAAAAUUUUGGCCAGUAUCUAUACGCGAGAGGCCCAGCCUAGCUCUUGCCACUGUGUUGCUUGUCCAAUGCAGUGAAAACCUCGAAGAGCCUGCUGGCAGCAAGAAUUGGAACAAUCUUGGAGGCCGAGCGAAUCAGAAAAACAAAAACAGCGACCGCCCCACGAUCGAGAGGGAGAGAGUGAGAACUUGCCAAAGCGCCUCACACAGAGGGAACACUUAAAGGAGGGGACCUGGCUAGCGAAUUAAUAGGGAGCAAACGUGUAGCACGUACGGACUGCCUGGAUUCGAUAAGCCAGCACUUUGGCCGGCUUGCGCCAAACGAAUUGAGAAAGUAGCGGGUUGCGCUGUUUCAGAUAUUGGCGAAACCGUCGCGGGGAACGAAGCUUGGCCAUGCUUCUCCACGAUACAAAAACCGCGCAACGGGGUAGCCUGAAGGGGGGCCAAAGUGCUGCACUGCUGCAAGGCUCCCUUCUGCCUUCUACCGUAAGACAGGCGCUGCGCUUAUCGCUUUGAGUUCGUGGCCGUGGCUUAUUGAAUCCCGCAGCGGCUAAAGCUAAGCAGUAGCAUAGUCCAAAGCGAGCGACGGACUCGGUUCUGGUUGGUUCCACUGGUUUUAGGAUUGCUAUCAGCGAAGCGAGUGCUUAAGAAGCACGACUUCGCUGGCUCGCGAGUUAGAAGUAGACCGAUGCGGUGAGAAUCCUACACGCUAACACUGACGAAGCAGCAAAAACCUUGGAGCGAUGUGGUUGAUGGUAGCACAGUAGUGCCCACUUUCCAUGGUGUUCCCGUGCUUCGUGCUCAUGCGUGGAUAGUGCUCGCGCCCGUGAAGAUCAUCCCAGCAGCAUUGCUGGACUGGUGUUCUGUUUUCUUUGGUAAGUAUCCAACUCCAAAAAGAAACUUGCCGCAAGUGUCUCCGUCGUCGUUCCCGUUCAGCUAGCGCCGGCGCAUGUGCGGCAUCUUUCGCCCCGGAAAAAGCACGCUGAUGGCAUGACUUGCAGCAAAGACAUGACAAGAAUGAAAGCAGAAGAAAACGCGGAGCAUUUGAGUUCGAUGCAUAGAGAGCAAAAGAGAGACCAGGCCUGACCUCGAUGGCAUAACAAUGAAGCGCGCAACUCUCGCGCACUCUGUGGCCUUAGUAUUUUGCUUUUUUGUCCGGUUUAGCUCCUCCCAUGUCGCGCGCAGUGCAUCGGCUGAACUGUCGACGCCGAUGGCGUCGCUUGCAAAAAAUGCAAGAGAGCACGCGCGCAAUGCUAGACGCGUUAGCCAGAUGAUGCAGAUGCCGCCUCGCUGAUGUGAGCAGGCUUCUCCUUUGAUUGUGCGGCCCUAUUUGGCGCCGUGUCAUUUGGAUGCUUCUGCCAGGAGCGUACGGCAUGCGUAUGGUAUGCUGUGGACUGGUUAGGCUGAUAGCUCACCGGCCUGCCGUGGCUUUGUUGUGGCGUUCGUGUUGGUCUUGAUUCUUAACCGUGUGCGAUGUUCGUCACAACUGUGGCGCCAUAAUUGAAUCUGGGUCCGUCUGGGGGCUCUCCAUGCAAUUCUUAAAGGAUAACGCCCGCAGUGAUUGACUGGCGCUCUUUCUAAUAUAUCACCGAGCGAGGCACUCGCUUCCUGUUCCUGUACGUAUAACCUGCGUGCUUUUUCUAUAUUCAAUUGGAGGCCUCUACUUGGAUGGAUGGAAAACAAAAGCCAUCAACCCGGCGGCCGCUCUUUGAUUCUCGUCGAACUUGAUCGAUUUGCUUUUAUUUUACUGAAGUCAGUGAUGCCUUGCGCUCUAAAGUCUGAAUCCGAUGUGAGUGCGCCUACCGUUGGCUUUCGAAAGCGAUGCGAGCCACAGUGGGGAAGUUAUGUAGCAAGCUACUCCGCUUCCAUGGCCAUCAUUUUUUUGACAGCCUUCCCCGGUGUUUUGGCCGCCUUCUUCGGUGCUUUCUUUGGCAGCCUUCGCCGUUGCUUGUUUCGGUUGCUUUGUGUUUUUUUUCAUUGGGUUGCCCACUUUCGCCAUUCUCUUCAUAAGGGCAGGCUUUUCCCCAACGCCUUGGGCCUUCAUAGCUUUGCUCGUGCUAGCGCUUCGCCUCGUCGUGGUCGGUAGCCUUGGGCGAUUCGCUGAUUGCGAAGUUGGUUUGUUCUGUUCUUUGCUUGAGUGCUUCCGCGUCGGUGUUGGUAUCAGAAGAAGAACCUGCUGGGAAUGGAAACGCGGCGGGGUAUGAAUGUGACGAAUUCCCUUCGUUCAAGCUUUUCGGUUACGUAUGGGGUAACCUCUCACGCAAAGAGCUCGACACUUACCGGCGGCAGCCGCUUGAGCUCGCUGGGAGCUCUGACGAAGAAAGCCAAGCGCAGAGGGGUCAGAAGUAGGCAAAUCCGUGGGGUGCUGCGUAGGGGCUUGGGGUGGUUGGUACGCAGCAGCGACCAGCUUUUCACUUUCAUACUUCUCCAAAAAAUCGCGGCGGAGCACGUCCGGCACCUCCGUGAGCGAAUCAGUAUGGACUUGCGAUGCAUUUUCGCCCAUACUGCGCACGAGUUUCAGCGCAGAGGCAUCGCCACCCUUGUGGGUGCGGGUGGUGGCUGACGUCGCGCACUCCUUGGCGGGUGCUGCGGCUACCAACUGCGUCAGCAGAUUGUAGACCUGAAGAAAGGGGGAGAGCCUUAGAGGGCUGGGCCAUGGAAACUGGAAGCGCUUCGACCGAGAGAGAAACACGACGCAGAGACGCAGAGCGGAGACGAAAACUAACGAAAGCGCCGACUUUAGUUUUUUGAUAAGAUAGCAGAGAUUUUUUUUCUGUUUCCUAUGAAAAAAAAGGCAGAGCGCAACGCCGUAAGCGGGAGCAUGCGCAUGCCAGACCAUCAGCAGAGUAACGCAAGGCCUUGCGUCACUCUACGCCUUACGUAGAUGCAACGCCUAAAAAAGCAGAAAAGAGGCCAGCCAUAGGCGACGAAGUGCCGACGGAUCGAAAACAAAGAGAAAGUUAACAAAAAGACGGUAAUCAAAUGUAUCGACUCGCUUCUUCGUCUACGUUCUUUGCCUGGCUUCUUUGUCUCUCUCAUCGUCUCAAGCAUAAAAAAACCAUCGUCGUGCGUCCGUCUUUCGUCUGUCUUCAUGCUCAAAAAAAAGCCAGACUCUCGGGCAAGGAAUGCAUAACUUCGCGAAACUCACAAUUCGAUAUAGCUUAUACGAGAUACUAUUUAUUUUCCGAGAUCAUGAUACAAAAGGAUCUGCCCAUUUUAGAAGUUCAUAAUAUGUUUGUUGGGAUUAUAGAUCUGAAACAUUGGUGGACAACAUAAUGAGACAUGUGCAUGCUUCUAGUUGGCGUACAACAAUUUUUGAAGUUUAACAGCAUGACAGCAUAUUUUUCACCGGCGAACCAAGUUGAAGAGUCGACUCUUCUUUUCGAAAUUCACAGUAAACUUUGAGGACAGUGAAAUCUGUCAACCGACUAAUACUUGAUGCAGGCAUUAUUGAUUAGGUCGGUCGACAGAUUUCACUGACGACAGUAACUUUGAGGACAGUAAACUUUGAGGACCGACCUAAAUGCAUGCAGCAGGACUUAUGAAUGACUUAAUUCGAUCGGUGGGCGAGCUUUAUGUUUGAUAUCUCUGGAGGAGGAGUCAUGAGUGGGUCCGCUGUAGUGAUAGAAGCAAAUUUGAACGGACUCGCUUUAUGAGACGUUGAUGCUCUUAUCCCUUUUAUUUCAUUGUAAAGGGCUCUGGUAAGUACAGCAUUUAAGCAUGGUAUGUAAUGAUAUGGAAUCGGAGUAAGCCUGGUUAUGCAGUUUGUCAGCAUCUUUCUGACAUACUCUGAGAGAGAGAGAGAGUACUUUUUCCGAUACAUCAUCAGGACUCAAAGAACUUCGUUGGUUGGUCUAGUGUUAAAUUGUGGCAUUAACAUGACGACAGUAGAAAAAGGGUGGC